AUGGCGGACUGGCAACUGAUAGCCUUCGUCAGCUUUAGCGUGGCAGGAGUGCUUUUGGUAGUUCUUGUUGUUGUAACCGUUGUACUGCUUCGUCGUCGCCGGUGUAACCGAAUGAAUUACUGCGAUAAGGUCCUUGAGCUCAAAGAAAACUUGAAAGCUGCGCAUGCAGCAAAGGAGGCAAAAGAAGAGGAGUUCACGAGCCUUCGCAGAUCUGUUGCUGACUUCGACGCAGAGAGAUCCCUGUUGUUGAAGAGGUUGGAAUCUUGUGGCACAAACUCGACACCGGAAGAAAUCCGGCGGUGUCUACGGGAGCUGCAGCUGUACUUGGCUUUCCAGUCGGCGAACUCAUCCUGCUUGCGUAAAGCAGUAAACUCGGACUGCACAAAGGGCCCUCCAGCAUUGCUGGCUGAAGUAUGGCUGGUACACGGUCAGAUCUACACAGCAAGGGACGACGACAGCUACCCUUCCCUAGAUGACUUCCCCCCUCCAUUUUCGCAUACGAGGAGGUUGGCAUACGGGCGCAAGCGCAGCAAUAUAAGAAUUACCGAAUGCUCUGCUUCUAACGAAGAGAAACCAUUGGCAGGAGCAGCAGGAGUGUCGACCGUGGGUCCGUUUCCCGGUGGUGAAACGCAUUGUGCCGGUCCUCCGUCUAGGUGGUGCCGUCCCCGACACAGGAGAGACUGCUGCUCAAUACUGGACCCUCGUGAGGGUCAAGCCUCCACAUCUUCUCACGCGAACACAUUUUUUGUUGACUCCAGAGCAGCUGGCUGUUCUGGUGAAGAAACGACAGUAACAACAGAAACCUGUCCCAACCCAACAGAGACAGGGGGCUGCCAAGCGAGUUGUUCACGCUCUGCAACUGAAACAGUCACUUGCGGAGAAACCCACGGGGAGGGACAAACUCUGCUAAAAUCGAAUGCCGUCGAGGCAUGCACCAUCGAGGGUUUUAAUCCACCUGAGACUAGUGUUCUCGUGGAAGGGGCGACGUUACGAGCCGGCUGCUGUCCGGGGAACAAAGCAUGUUGUCCUACCGCCGUGAUCCCCGCUCACACAUUUGCGCCAGAAUACAUCUUCAUUGGGGAACAGUGGCUUCCUGGGCCGUACGAGACAGCGAAAAACUGCUUUCACGACAUCCCUCUUGUUCGACUGGCAAAGUUUAGCAGGCCAGAUCACGUUAAAACUGACAGCUUCAAGACGGACGUGUAUCAGCACGUCCUCCCAUAUGCCCACAGACUGGAAAAUGUGCUACUCUCUUCGGAGCAUACCAGUAGUCUGGAUCUUGGCUCCUGUAGCAGGGACCAUAUCAAGCUUCAGUCUCGGGCGCUGGUCGGCAUCUUGCCCUCUCUGCAUGUGUCAACAAAGGCUGUCUCUUUCCCGCACCUUCGUUACAGUCUAGUUGAAUACAAUAUAGAGCGUUUGACAUGUAUAAGCAGACGCGCCAUGAGAGAUUACAUCGGAGAGACACUCAACCAGCCCUUGUAUAUUAUCGUGAGGGUUUUUGAGCGCAAUAGCGUCCCCGGAGCGACCCCUCCUGCAUCUCCGGAUAAUGAACAAACAGACGAACUUGUCUCGGAGAAGGAGCAAGAGAGCUGGACGCUAGUAUAUGAGGCCCCGCCAGUGUGUCUGACAGAAUUAGAGGGUCGAGUAAUGGACGAUGAGGUUAUUACUUUCGACGACGAUUCUCACUUCCACUACAAGCAUCCGUACACUCCUCCGCCGCCUACGUUGUUCCAGGCCCAGGUUGCUGGCCAGCAUGAGCAGCCUGCUGACUAUACUAGUUGCCAUCUGCCCGUGGUGAGUCCUCGUGCAAGCACUGCGCCAUACGCAGGAUUCGAUUCCGUAGCGAAGGACUAA